GCCGCGCUGCGCCGGUACCAAGCCACUUACCUCGAGUUGUUCUGCCCGACGGCAUGACCAUCGACGACGAACAUUUUCCAGCUUCCACUGUCGUCGGCGUUCCCAUGUACGCCAUCCACCACAAUCCAGCCUACUUCCCUGACCCAUUUACCUUCGACCCUUCACGCUGGAUCGAGUCGUCAACCACCUCUCCUGAAGCCAUUACGGUUGCUCGUAAGGCCUUCAAUCCGUUCAGCAUCGGGACUCGGGGGUGUAGCGGGAAAAGGCUGGCGUAUAUGCAAUUGAAGCUUACGCUGGCACAUGUGUUGUGGCGGUUUGACCUGAGACUUGCACCUGAUGAGCCGGGACGAGGAGGUGGUAAGGAAGGACUAGGUAUAGGGAGGGAGAGGGAAGAUGAGUUUCAGAUGUACGAUGCUUUGGGUUUUGGGCGGGAUGGGCCGAUGGUGGAGAUCAAGUGUAAAGACUAAGAAGCGAGAUGUAUGGUCAGUUCUGAGUCUGCAGAGGUAUCAAUGGACUUUAGAGGACAACCUCUUUUGCAACUGUCGACCCGAUGUGGAGUAGACCGGGUGCAGCAGGUAGCAGCUUAUUACAUAGUCUGAAGCUAUAUACAGCGCCUUACCUUCGC